AUGACGAGUUUUGUUACGACAGCCACAACCAUGUUCAGCCGUUUCCCUCUACGGCACAGCAAGCCGAAGGAACCUGAAAUCGGGUUCCCAAUACUAGUCGAGAGCUCGCGACCGGACGUUUUGCUUAUGAGAAGUGAGAGCCACCAGAAUAUUCUUUCGCAAUCAAGCUUUACUGGAACACUGAAAUACACCACUACUCCUAAUUUUAAUGCUCAUCCUAUUAUGCCCGCAUCGAACGGCCCUCCAACUUUUCACACAAUACCCCGCCACCCAGCCCAUUUAGCAUCCCUUCCUGGUACUAAAAAAAGUGCUUUUACUCGAAAACCAGUAGCCUCUGCACCUUCUAGUGCUAUUACUGGUCCAAAGAGCAUCGAUUUAUUAUUUGCUGCAGAAGCGAGUAGAAGAGGAAGCAGCCCAGACGAAGUUACAAGGAAAGAAUCAGUCGACAGCGUUGCAUUUGAACCAAAGACAGAUAUUCCACCGCCGCCACCGGAAAAAGCACCAAGGUUAAGAGAUUCGAUCGUACCAUCCUUGAGCGCUUUAGAUAGGUCUUUCUUGGGUAGCAUAUGUGGAGGAGAAGACAUCAAGGAGGAAGACGAAGAGUCAGCAUCCAAUCCACCAACACCAGUACCUUCAACCACUCCGAUACCCUCAAAUUCUACUUCUUCUAGAUUACCACUUCCCCAGGCUCGUAAAGUAUCAUACGAACCCGGACCUUUGAAAGUACUUCCGAAAACAAAUAGCGGACCUCCACCUAGGAGAUCGCCUCCACCGAUUCUAUCCCCAACUGGGGCGCCUAUGAUAGAGCUCGCUCCCCUCACACCAAUACUUCAAGAUAACGGAGACGACACUUCCAGUGUACUCAUGUCGCUUGUAUCAGAGUCCGGAAACUCCUCUCCACAGGAGCCCAAAGGUGGCGAAGCGUACAUCGCUCUUCUAGAGCGUCAGCGAGAUCAACUUAUCGCAAGGCAGAGACGAGUUAUGCAUCAAAUCAAGGAACUCGAGGCUUGCUUGCCACCAAACCCGUCUACCCACAACUAUACGCACAGGGCGCAGCUAAAGGACGAAUUGAAACGACUACAGGCUGAGUACGAUAGUUUAUCCCGGGACCUUUAUGACAAGGGUCUCAUGUUGCAUCGCGCUUGGAAACGACGGGAUGCGAACAUGGGACUAGAAGCUCCUGCGGUCCUUUGGGUCCGAAGGGUGGGCGGCCCUUGA